AUGAGUGGAUCCUUGCAAUCGCGAGAGACGCUGGCCUCAGCACCGGCCCAAAUCCUUCUGCCUGCAAAUCAACACAAAGAUAAUUCAAUUUGCGCUAACCCCCAACCCCAAGAUAACCUUGCGAGUCAAGCGGCUCAAGCAGCAACUCAGGCGCUUGACGAGUACAUGAAAGCCCACAAAAUCAGCGUGGAAGAACUUGCGACAAUCGAGGAAGGCGGGAAACUAUCGAAGGCACAUAUGUUCUAUUUGCACUUUCCCCGAGGCAAUGAGGAAGUGGAAACGGACCUGGAGCUUCUGCAGGCACUUUUGAAAUACUAUGACAAGAUCAUUUUCACAAGCGACAGCCCCGAAGGUUGGGCAAGAUUUGUGCACAGCAGCAGACAGGGCGUGGCCAUAUUUCACGAAUCAUUCGCCGGAUACGAUACGUUGCAGCCUCCACUCAAUUCUGUGCUUCCUACCAACUCGUUCAAUUUCUGGAUUGUUCGCAUUCAAAGACCACUGGAAUUAGUUGAUCCCCGUUAUUGUUCACCUGGUGACCACGGCCUAUGCAUCUUUCCAUAUGGCGGUGUCAUACUUCUCACCGAAGAUAUGUUAACAGACCUAAAGGGGGUGGCGGUCACUCUCCAAUGGAUUCGGAAUAUAAACAAGUACAAACGCAGGUCUUGGACGCUGAUGCUCCCCCCUGGGAUACUUGAGUGGAUCGAAAGGAGACUCAGUGAUAAGAAGCACUCGCAAGAUCAUGAACUCCUGCUGCUCAUCCACACGUUGAUCAUUAAGAACAACGCCACGGACGCUCGCACCGGCUUGUUCGAUGAAGCUAGUCUACACCUUAACUCAAAAAGCAACGUCAUUGCACCCUCCCUUAAUGAAUACGGUACUCGCACCGAGCACCACGAACUCAAGAUCAAGGACAAAGUUGAACGCUAUGCAGAUCAUCUCGUCGAAUUCUUCGCCGGAUGGUCACUGAUAAACAUCCCACGCUUCCGAAACUUCAUCGCUGUCACAUCUCUGGGUAUUUCUACCGGGCAACGGUGGGACAAAUGGGGCCAUAUGACUGUCAUGCGAGGUGGUACCAAGCUACAGUCUUCUACUAGCCAAGCAACCACCCCGAUGACCGCGACCACACCCCAGACGCCUAAUUGGGCAUCUUACAACUCCAACGCCUCUGUCCAGUCUACCUUCACAGGCAGUCCAAAUGGUAACGGCACGAACAAGUACCCUGCUCCCUACAAGUAG